GCUCCUGUCAGUUUGUCCUAAACUCUUGGCACUUGUGGUGGCUUGGGCUUCACACACUGUCAGACUCCUUCUUGGUGGCCUCCACGGCCUCACGUUCAGGUGUGAAGCUGGCUCCACAAGGGACACGGUGACAUGAGGGCCAGCCCACCGAUCCAUCUUCUGGCCAUUCCCUUCCUCUGCCUCCUCUCAAUGGUGUGUGCCCAGCUGUGCCCAACGCCCUGUGCCUGUCCUUGGACACCACCCCAAUGCCCACUGGGGGUACCCCUGGUGCUGGAUGGCUGUGGCUGCUGUCAAGUGUGUGCACGGAGGCUGGGGGAGUCCUGCGACCACCUGCACGUCUGCGACCCCAGCCAGGGCCUGGUUUGUCAGCCUGGGGCAGGCCCCGGUGGCCAUGGGAGCAUGUGCCGCUUGGAAGAGGAUGAUGGCAGCUGUGAGGUGAACGGCCGCAGGUACCUGGAUGGGGAGACCUUUAAACCCAACUGCAGGAUCUUGUGCCGCUGUGAUGAUGGUGGCUUCACCUGCCUGCCGCUGUGCAGGGAGGAUGUACGGCUGCCCAGCUGGGACUGCCCACGCCCCAGGAGAAUACAGGUGCCAGGAAGGUGCUGCCCCGAGUGGGUGUGUGGCCAGGGAGUGACACGGGCGAUCCAGCCUUCCACAGCCCAAGGAUACCCACUUUCUGCCCUUGUCACUCCUGCAUCUGCUGAUGUCCCCUGUCCAAACUGGAGCACAGCCUGGGGCCCCUGCUCAACCACCUGUGGGCUGGGCAUAGCCACUCGAGUGUCCAAUCAGAACCGAUUCUGCCAACUGGAGAUCCAGCGCCGCCUGUGUCUGCCCAGACCCUGCCUGGGAGCCAGGAGCCACAGCUCAUGGAACAGUGCCUUCUAG